GCCGUUGGUGGUCGCCGUGAUCAAAGGCAAAGUCGCUGCUGUUUUAACAAUGGGAGAUUUUUGCUUAAAGAAUGAGCUGGCAAAUGAAGGUGAUAUUAAUUGCUAUGUUCUGCUGACAAAGGAUCAUAAACCCAUCUGUCGGACACAAUGCUUCAGUCCUCCUUCCAAGAUGCCUACUUAUUGGAGCAUAUCACACAUAAUUAGGCCAGAAAAAGCUCAUAUUCCUCAUGGGUUACCUUGUUGCAGCUUGUAUCGCGCCUCUGAAAACUCUCAACAGGAAAUAGAGUGGGUUAGGUUCUUGAAUUUUCUUCAGACAUAUAAAAAGGUUGCUGUAGGAAAGCUCGAUAGUUUUGAAUUCUACAUAAUUCCUCCCUGUGAAGGCUCAGACUUAAGCCAUGUCCGCGUUUUAUACAAGGAGGAGAGAAGGAAUUGUUUACAGGACUGUCUAAAACAAGAGAGACUGGCUGGGAUCUUGUCCGAGCAAAAAAAUAUUCUUUUGAAUGCUAAACCACAUAGAGUUGUGCAAUCAACAAGAGGUUGCAUGCAAGGUAGAUUUGAAUCUUCAUUGGGUGAGGAUGCUGUAUCAAUCUCUAACUGUAUUGAGGAUAGUAUAUCUCCUGAGUGUAUGCUUUCAGAUGCUGAUGGAUGCCAAGCUCAAUAUAAGGUUAAAGUUAGCAGUAAACCUGAAAAUGUAGUGGAUCCCCAUGGUUCCUUGGGUAGAAAUUAUGUGCAAGUAGAUCCCAGUUAUUUGAAAACCCUUGGUCAAGUUCAUUCCAGCUGGAUUUUUGGUGCAAUUGCUGAGUUUGUUGACAAUUCCAGAGAUGCCAAAGCAACCAAAUUGCAAAUUUCUAUGGAAAUGGUGUAUUACAAACCAGCUGGCAAAGACAUUCCGAUGCUGUCAAUAAUAGAUGAUGGCCAUGGGAUGACUCAUCAGGAGAUUGUGAGAAUGAUUUCUUUUGGGCAUAAGCAACCUGAGGCUGAUGAUCCUGAUCAUAUUGGCAGAUUUGGGAUUGGUUUUAAGACUGGGGCAAUGAGAAUUGGGAAGGAUGCUUUGGUUCUUACUCAGGCUGCGAGCUCUCGUUCGGUUGCUUUUCUAUCCCAGUCACUAAAUGAUGGAAAGGAUAAUUUGGAGAUCCCCAUUGUCAGCUACCGCAGAGUCGGUCAAUUUAUGGAAAUUGAUUCCAAUGUCCAAAAUGAGGCUUCAGCAAAAAACAAUCUGAAAGCAAUUAGAGAGUUUUCUCCAUUUAAUAAGUAUCUAAUAGGAGAAAAGGCUGGUCUCUUUAGUGAAAGAGGUACUGGAACACAAAUAUACAUUUGGAAUUUAGAUCAGUGGGGAUCAGAUUAUAGCUUGUGUUUGGAAACUGGAAUGAUUGGCGGGAGUUCAUUCCAUCAAGGUGACAUCCUUAUUCAUUCUAAACGUGUCAGAUCUCGCCCAGGCCAAAUGUCUGAAACAGUGCCUUUGGAUUAUUCUCUAAAAUCUUAUCUGGAAGUCAUCUUCUUUGAUCCACGAAUGAAGAUCUAUGUUCAAGGAGCACUUAUUAGAACUCGUCCUUUAGCCAAGUCGCUGCAUAAAACUGUAGUAAAUGAGGGUGUUAUUAUGGGAAAACCAGUUCGGCUGAUUCUUGGCCGCUGUCAACUGGAAUGGGAGCAGGCAAAUUGUGGAAUUUUCUUGUAUUGGCAUGGGCGUCUGAUUGAGGCUUACAAAAGAGUUGGUAGCAUGAUUCACAAUGGCGAUGCUGGUCGGGGCAUUAUUGGGGUUAUCGAUCUGACUGAUUUAAUGAAGGAUGAUAAUGGUCAUAUUUGGGUGCACAAUAACAAGCAAGGAUUCCAGGACUGUGAAGCUUAUGCAGAACUGGAGAAAUGGUUGGCUAUAAAAACAGAUGACUACUUGGACAAAUAUGUGAAUAAACUGCAAGUGGAAAAGGGUGGUCCCCUGCACAAACCUGAUCACGAAUGGGUGCAAUGUGACAAAUGCAGAAAGUGGAGAAGGUUAAGUGCUGGAUUCAAUAGCAAGACAUUGCCCCCUGACUGGUUUUGUUAUAUGAAGCCUUUCAAUGGAAGCUGUAGCGUGCCUGAAGAGAAGGUGGAAGGUGGAGUAGUGACAAUAUCUACUAAGCGUUCUGGAUACAAUUGCACCAAGGAUUUGGAGAACAAAGACAGAUCAUCCAAGGAAAGCCCCGAAAGCGGCAGUGAUAAUUCAAGUCAGAGCUGGGAAGGAGAUUAUAAAAGAAGAAAGGGACUUCCGAGGAGUUGCAAAAAGAACCCGAAUCACAUAUAGAAUUUAUGCUUCUGUAAUUGUACAGGUUAGUUGUAGAUCCUAUAGCUGAAUCCUUUGCAAAUACUAUCGUAUAUUACUGGAGAACGAAGCAAAUUGAAUGGUCACUCUCGGUUAUGAAUGGUGUUGCUGCCCUUACCAGGCGGUAGAUUUGGUCUAAAAUACUCAGAUCUUCAUUGUAUGGUGUGUUACAGCCAUUACCGGGCGGUUGACGCGGAUAUGGUUCCUCGAUACUCUUCCUUUCAGAGCAAAAUAGCCAAAAUCACUUUUUUUUUUCAUUUUUGCUUUUUUUGAGCACCAGAAUCACAUGCUGUCAUAAAAAAUGACUUUAUAUCGCAUGAUAUGCGAGGUUAGAAGUACGUCAAACAAGCAGCUUCCUUGUAAUUUUUGAGGCAGAUGUGU